AUGGAUUAAAUUAAUAAAGGAAAAAAGAGAGGUCCAUACAAAAAAAGGCUUGAUUCUAAAAUCAUAGAUAAGAUAAGAUUUUUAUAUAAUAAUAAAAUUAAGUCAGCCGGAUAAUUAGCAAAAUAAUUUGGCAGAUCUAGAACAACAAUCAUUUGUCAUUCUCGAGCGAAAAUCCAUUUGUACGACUAAUUAAGAUAUGUGAUUUAAUAGAGAUUACAAUCAUUGGUUGACAAAUGUUUUAUUAGUUUAAAUCAUAUUAAGUAUAAAAAAAUAAUAAUGCUUCAUAUCAAAAAUUGUAUAUAAGAAGAGUAAUUGUUUUAAUAUACUGAUGCCAAUUGUUAUAAAAAAUUCAUACCCAAAACCAGAAUCAAUUCUUAAAAGAAAAGAAUUAUCUAACAAGUUGCUGAUAAUGCUUUAGAUUAUUUUGUUAAAUUGUUAAAGUAAAGGAAUCAACAUUUGAGAAUAUAUGAAUAAGAAAUCAAUGAAAGCAAUCAUGAACAAAAUUCUGUUUAAAAUCCGAUUAAUCAAUAUUAAGAAAGUAUCAUAAAUUAUGAAUAAUAAUUAAGUCCUUUAUCAUAGAGUAAUUAUUUAUUGGAUAAUUUCAAGAUAACCUUUUGA